UUUCGCUUUCUCUCUUUUCAUUAUUUUUCUCAUCUCUCUCUCUCUCUCUCUCUCUUUCUCUCUCUCUCUCCCUCUCUCUUUCUCUCUUCAUCUAUGGAUUUUGUCACGCUCGUGUUUUCUUCGGUUUGGUUCCUUUCCCUUUCCUUUUUUUUUCUCUCUUUCUUUUUUCCUUCCCUUUUCUUUCCCUGAUCCUAUUUGAAUUUUUUCCCUUUCCCCAUUAUCUUUUUAUUCCUUUUUUUCCUUCUUCUUCCUUCUCUUAAGAUCAUUCCGUUCGUUCGUUUUCUCUCUCUCUCUCUCUCUCUCUCCUCUAUCUUUUCGUCACUUCUACUCUCGGACAGCAGAAAGUACAAGUAUUUUACGCGAAUGAUCUAAACGUGAUAGAACUUGGGUGUUAAGAUUGAUAAAGAGAUCUUUGAAACCGACCACGUGCCAACGAUUAUUCGUGACUCGUGUAUACUUUUUAUUUGUGUUAUUGUCGUCGUCGUCGUCGUCAUUCUCGUAAAUGUUCGUUUUUUCUUUACUUUCUUCUUUUUUUCUUUUUCUCUUUUCAAACAAAAAAAAAAGAACGUAAGCUUUUCCAGAAAAGCCCGGUUCUCUUUUCUUUUUCCCAACUCAUUUUUACGCCUCAUCAUACCCCACCAACCCCGCGCGUUUACUCAUUUUUCGUGAAUCAGUUCGCAGAGGAAGAAACUUCUUGUGUUACUUGGUCAACAUAAGGGAUUCCUUCGUUCUUCUGAAAAGUACUGAAUCAACAAGCUUUCGGGGCAUCAUCGUAAAGAUUCUCCUUAGUUCUUAACUGAAGAGAUUUGUUGAGGACGUCAAGAAAGGGUCAGCUGGGACGGGGUUACGAAGAGAAGGUGACGAGUGUUCGAAAAACUUUUUGAAAGUCGAAAGUGUUGGAAAGAAGGAAGAAGGAAAUAGAAAAAAAAAAAGAAAGGAAAAAUAGAAGGAAAUUUUUCGACGGAGUCUCUACGCGCGUUUUUUGAACGUGUACAAGUAACAGAAUCGUGAAAUGUACCGGAAACGAUGGACCGUAAAAGCACUGCGAAUGGAUUUACAAUAUAACACCGUGGGUAAUGGCACGAGCACGUCCCUCAGGAUGAUCUGCGUUUUCAUCUUUUGGAUGCUACUCUAUGAUAGUACAGCACAUGGUAUACGUCGUUUAAAAGCGGACAUUUUUCAAGAAUGGCCGUCAACGGAAAAAGGACCAUACUUCGACACCUCGGUCCCAUCGAAUAUGACCGGCUUAGUCGGGAAAACUAUUCAGCUGGUUUGCAAAGUGAAGAAUCUCGGAAACAGAACGGUGUCGUGGGUAAGGCAUCGAGAUAUUCAUUUGCUGACCGUGGGACGUUACACUUAUACCAGCGAUCAACGUUUCGAAGCAAUGCAUACGCCACAUUCGGAAGAAUGGACAUUGCAAAUACGAUAUCCUCAAAAAAAGGAUUCCGGUGUAUACGAAUGUCAAAUCUCUACGACACCGCCUAUCGGACUUCCGGUUCAUCUUACAAUAGUUGAACCAGUCACCGAGAUAACGGGAGGUCCAGAUUUAUUUAUUAACAAAGACAGUACGAUAAAUCUAACCUGUCUUGUAAGGUACGCACCAGAACCACCGUCCACGAUAAUCUGGAGUCAUAACCGACAGAUUUCGAAGGCAAUUGCUGCGGCCGAGUUGCAAGAAAUUCUCUUCUGGAUAUGGCUAAGGACAAAGAACGAAGGAAACGAGGACUUAUGGUUAAAGAAGAGAAGGAGUAUAAUAGCUCGUCAACAGAACAAUUUUGAUUUGGAGUAUUCCGAUGAAUACGAGAUCGUAGUUCCACGAAAGGUCAAGUCCGACGGGACGUUUGUGUCGCAUCAGAUACCACAUCAUUUCAAACGUUCGUUCUAUGAAAAGAACGUAAGAGAAAAUAGAGCGAUGUCCGAAGAUGAUGCGGUUCAUUAUCGACUUCUACUUGGUCAGAAGGAACACCAUCUCGAGUUAUAUCCGAGUCAUCGAUUUUGCUCUCCUGGUGCCAUAAUCGAGGAACAUCGAACAGGCAAUGGCGACGAUAAGAAACGUUUCCUCGACGAUCUGCGAAUUCGACGAAUGAGAGAUAGACAGUGUCAUUAUCAAGGUCGCGUUAGAAACCAUCCGGAUAUAAGUGCGCUUUCUACUUGUUAUGGACUCGUAGGUUACAUCAAAACGAAAGAUUCGUGGUAUACGAUCGAACCAAUCGAAGGAUACGAUUUCACUAAAGAAAUCGAACACCCUCAUAUAGUUUACAGAAAAAAUCCGAAGGAUAUAAAAAUCAAUCAAGCUUCCUCGUGUAUAAAUUUGGACAAUUUUAACAGGACGAUUAAAAAACGUGAAUAUAAAGAAGUCGUUAGGAAACGUAGAUUGGAUAACGAUAGUCAACAACAUAAAGGUCCUAUGAAAUAUACCGUUGAAUUGUUAGUCGUUUUGGAUAUUACACUUUUGCGUCAACAUCGAGAUUUCGAUGUGGAAAAUUACGUAUUGACCAUGUUCAAUAUGGCUGCUAGUCUGUUUCAUGAUAUAAGCUUAGGAUUCGAUAUGGAUUUGGCUAUAGUCAGGAUCAUCCGACUCGAAGUAGAGGAAAAAGAGAUGAACUUGGGGAUCAUGAAGAAUUUAGAAACAACGUUGAAACGAUUCGAAGAAUGGCAAAAGGAUAUGAAUCCUGGCGAUGACGAUCAUCCGAAUCAUCAUGAUUUGGCGAUAUUACUUACGAGGGUGGAUUUUUGCGUGACACGGGAACUUUGUGGAUUCACUGGCGCAUCUACUAUGGCUAGCACGUGUGAUCCUUUAAAGGGAGCUGUUAUUGUCAAGGACAGUGGUCUCAUUACAGGAUUUCAUAUUGCUCAUCACAUAGGACACACACUCGGCAUGUCACACGAUGUCGGAGGGGAAAACGGGUGUCCUGGGAUAGUUCAUCAUCAGGAUGGAUUCGUGGAAACGUCGGUUAUGUAUCCUGGGAGUGCAUAUGUGACGAAAAAGUGGUCCAACUGUUCUCGAAAUUAUUUGCAACAUUACAUCCAAUCUGGUUUGGCUCAUUGUCUUGAAGACGAGCCAAAGGAUCAUCAUUUUCCUACCAUGGAGAUGUUACCUGGAGUCAUAUAUAACAGCGAUUUUCAAUGUCGUUUAAUGUAUCGUCGUGAUGUCGUUCAUUGCGAUCUUGAUAUCAACUGCGAGACUCUGAGCUGUUCUAUUCCGGGAAAGGGUUGCGUGUCAGGUAGGAAACCACCUGCCGAGGGUACCGCCUGCGCCGAGAAGAGGUGGUGUUAUAACAUGAAGUGCGUCAUGAUAGGUGAACGAUUAGGAGCGAUCGAUGGUGGGUGGAGUAGUUGGUCAUCUUGGAGUCGAUGUUCUCGUAGUUGUGGAUCCGGAGUAGCUUUCGCAACGAGAAAAUGCGAUCAUCCAAGUCCAACUAACAGUGGUAGUUACUGUCCCGGUAUAAGAAAACGUUACAAAAUUUGUGCCACCAACCCAUGCGAAAUCGAUGCGCCAUCAUUCAGAGACGUCCAAUGCAACGAAUUCAACGAUUGGGUCUUUCCAGAGGAUGGGAAAGUUCAUCGAUGGAUAGCUUAUAAUUUACCGGAAAACUUGAAAGCUUCCGAAAAUCCGUGCUCCCUAUACUGCCUAAGCGAUACGGGUUUGGUAACGUCAUUAAGGCCAAAGGUCGUUGAUGGUACUACAUGCUACAGAGGCAUCCGCGACAUCUGCGUAUCUGGCGUCUGCAGAGAGAUACCAUGCGAUCUCGAUAUGGAAUCCAACGCGGUCGAAGAUGUUUGCGGCGUUUGUCGAGGUGACAGCACAUCCUGCAAGAUCAAGGAAGGAACGCUCGUAAUCCAAGCCCAAUCAAAACCGAGGAAGAUAGUAGACGUACCAGCGGGCUCGAGAAACAUACGAGUUGAACUAACUCAUCCUACAAAGUCGAGAAUUAUAGUAGAAGCUAAGAGUUCUGGAUCGACUCUAAUCGAUGGAAAUCACUUAGGAAUGUACGAAGUGGCAGGCUCGAAGGCGUGGCUCGGUAUGAUAAGACCGAGACAAGGAGCUUUAAAUGUGCCAGGACCCGUCACGGAAGACUUGGUUAUAUUGGUACACCCGGUGGAAAACGUAACGUUGAAGUACUCGUUGGGAUUGAAACAAGAGAAACCACGGAAGGGAAAAUUCUCAUGGGAUUUCGUUGACUGGGAACCAUGUACCGCUGUUUGCGGACCCGGCGAACAGGUCUCGAAAGCACGGUGUAUCGAGGAAAUCGGUGAACAGGGCUCCUGAUUGCAUACUCGGCUUUUCGAUUCUGGUUGCGGUAUACCUUCGCAGAACGUUGGACUAACU